AUUUUGAUUUGUGAGUAUUCUUCAUUUAUGGUUGUAUCUGUCUAUCUAUCUCAUGCUACACUUUCUAAUUCAAAAGGAUCCUUUUUUUUGUAAAUUUCCAAUCCCUGCUGAUUUCUCUUGACUAAACACCCGAUACACCCUUGAAUAGCCCUGUUUGUACUUUCCAAACUCAAUCGUCAAACGUGUCUUCUAUCCACUUUGCUUUAAUCACCUCUUGAAUCUAGAUUCACACAAAGGACAUAAAUACUCAGCUAUCAUUUCACUCUUUCAACUCCUUCCCUCAUCAUCCUUCAGAGUCUCAAUCUGUUUAAAAUCAAAAUCAAUCUUCAUCACACAACUUAUACUUCCUAAAAACCUACCUAAUCAAUUUCAAUUCUUGUUUCUCUCAAAUCAAUCCUAUUUAAAAAUAAUGAAGGCUAUCAUUCUUGUCGGUGGAUUCGGUACUAGACUUCGUCCUUUGACUUUGACUUUACCAAAACCAUUGGUUGAGUUUUGCAACAAACCGAUGAUCGUUCAUCAAAUCGAAGCCCUAGUGGCCGCUGGUGUGGAUGAAAUUGUUUUGGCUGUUAAUUAUCGACCUGAGGUGAUGGUGGCAGUUUUGAAAGAUACAGAAGAGAAGUAUGGAAUUCGAAUCACUUUCAGUGUAGAAACUGAGCCAUUAGACACUGCUGGUCCGCUUGCUCUUGCAAAAGACAUUCUCGGAAAAGAUGAUUCACCAUUCUUUGUACUCAACUCAGAUGUCACUUGUUCAUACCCACUCAAACAACUUGCUUCUUUCCAUCAAGCUCAUGGAAAAGAAGGUACGAUCAUGGUCACCAAAGUUGAUGAACCAUCGAAAUAUGGUGUAGUAGUUCAAGUUCCAAACACCACUCAAAUCGAUCGAUUUGUUGAAAAACCAGUCGAUUUUGUUGGUAAUCGAAUCAAUGCUGGUAUUUAUAUCUUCAGUCCUAAAGUCUUGGAACGUAUCGAAGUCAAACCUACUUCGAUCGAAAAGGAAACUUUCCCUGCAAUGGUUCGAGAAUCUCAAUUACAUUGUAUGGACCUUGAAGGUUUUUGGAUGGACAUUGGUCAACCUAAAGACUUUCUUUCGGGUACUUGUUUAUAUCUUACUCAUCUUACUUCAAUGGGCGAGCCACAAAUCACAAAACAUCAACAAGAGAAAUGGGUAGUCAGUGGUAAUGUACUCGUUCAUCCUACUGCCGUCAUCGAUCCUACGGCUAUGAUCGGUCCCAAUGUGGUGAUCGGACCCAAGUGUGUGGUCGGUAAAGGUGUAAGACUUCAAAGAUGUGUGUUGAUGGAGGCUUCGCGGGUCAAGGAUCACUCAUGGGUCAAGAACUCAAUUAUCGGAUGGAACUCGACUGUUGGCCGAUGGGUUCGAUGUGACAAUACCACCAUCUUAGGUGAUGAUGUGAACAUCAAAGACGAACUACUUGUCAAUGGUGCCUCUGUCUUACCACACAAGUCUAUCUCUGCCUCAAUUACUGAGCCUACCAUCGUCAUGUAAUCUGUUUUUUACCCUAUAUGAUCAUCAUCUCUCUUGAUACUUUGUCACGCUCAUAUUAGAUCUUCAAGAUAUAAACCAUUCAUGAUUUGUAAUAAACAAACCAUCGAUGGCUGUCAAUCUUCACUCAACACUACUUUCUAACAUGUUAUUCCUAUAAGUCUUAACCUUACGAUUCACCUUCUCGUUUCUUCAUCUCUCACUCACAACAAACUUUCCUGCUCAGUCUAGUUACUUGCAUUCCUUAGUGUCCAAUGAACACUUGUUUCACUAUCCCUUCUCACUAAUCAAGUUUUUUUUAGUGUUCUUAAAUAUUAUAGAUUUUUAUUUUUAAAUUGACAAUGAAAUUGAUUUUUAACUCAUGAAUUCCUUUGAACC